CUUGUGGACGUACUUGAUAAUGUACAAGAAAAAAUCAUUGCUCGUUCUUAGCAUUGUUUGUCAAUGGACAAUCGCGAGCACGAAUUCAAUCUUCAAAUUCGGUCCUAAUGCGUCAUCUGAAGAAGUUCGCAGAAAAGAUCAUAGAAAUACUUUACUGGAUUUCUUAGAUCCAAGAGGGAUUCUCAACUCUCCAGGCGAUGCGAAGCUGAGAUCUAAGAGACGAGAUAUAUCGUAUUUCACCCCCAUAUCUUCCGUGAAACAUACUGAUGCACUUCGCUUGCUGUUCAAGACGUUUCUCAACGUGUUCCUGGCAGCGUUAAGACAAGGGAAACCCCCACUGGGUCCGCCGUUUCCGAAAACCAUAGUUACCAAUAUUAAAGAUAUGUUAUUAAAUUAA